CUAACAACCAACCGUAUGACUGUAGUGAAAACAUGCUUCUGUAUGAAUGUCAAGGAUGUGAAUAAGCCGAGUGAUGCAUCAGACCUUUGUUCUGAGAUCCGAAAUUUGUGCUCAAAACAUUGCUGCAGUCAAUUUUUAACAAUACCGGAGGAGAAGUUGUAGCUUCCAAGCAUGGGAAACCAGACAUAUUGGGAACACCUAUGGAGACUGCUUCAUUGCAGUUUGGUUUAGCACUUGGUGGUGAUUUACCGGCGGAACGACAAGCUGGGAAACUUAUAAAAGUUGAGCCAUUUAACUAUACAAACAAACGCAUGGGUGUGGUGCUGGACCUCGCUGAAGGAGGUUUAAGGGCUCGUACUAAAGGCGCUUCAGAAAUAAUUCUAGCUGCUUGUGACGAGUUAAUUAAUUCCAGUGGGGAGGUUAUUCCCUUGGAUGAAACAUCAACUAACCAUCUGAAUACCACAAUCGAUCAGCUUGCCAAUGAACCUCUCCGCACUUUGUGUCUUUGAUGAGUUGGAAAAAGGAUUCUCCCCUGCUGCCGAUAUUCCAGUUUCUGGUUAUACUUGUAUAGGUAUUGUAGAUAUAAAGGAGCCUGUUCGUCCUGAAGUCAGGGAGUCUGUUGCACUUAGUCGUUCAGCUGGGGAUAAUGUAUGAAUGGUUACUGGUGAUAACAUCAAUACUGCAACAGCCAUAGCUAGGGAAUGUGGUAUACUGAUCGAUGCAGGUAUUGCAAUUGAAGGUACAGUUUUCUGGUAUAAGAGUCAAGAGGAAAUGCUAAAUCUGAUUCCCAGAAUUCAGGUGACGGCUAGGUGACGGAUCAUUGCAGCAAUAGGCACAAAAUGGAGUUUACUACUCUCAUAAUUCGCUUGUCUUGCAUAAAGAUUCAAAGACAUCACUUUCUGGUUUCCAGAGAAAAGGAAAAAUGGCUUCCCUCUAUCCGUUUCCUGAAGUCUUUUUGGUUUCUUUCUUGUGGAAUAUCAUUUGGAAUAGGAAUUAAAGUUAAUGUCAUUUUCUAGACUAUAUUACGAGAGCAGUGGAGUUUUAUUAUAUGUUGACUUCUGGUGUUGUAACGGCUAAUGUAUUGAAGAGAAGUGUGAAGGUUUGUCCUUAACCACCAUCUCUAUUGGUGUAACCUAAUACCAAUGUGAAAUUUUGGUGAAAUAAUAAAACAAAUACAGAACAACAUGGAUUGUUUAAUGUGUCAUUUGACUACACCUCAGCUCUUAGUUAGUAGAGAAGAUCACAAUAGAAAAGAAUAAUUUUCAGGUGUACUUGCAGAACAAUAUGUAAAGUUUGGAUCAUGAAAGUGGAGCUUACAACACCUACGAACUUAUAGUAAGCACAAAAAUAAUCUCAACGGCCUUCUAUUUAGGUAUGUAGAGAUCAAAGCUUUUAGCAAAUUGUCUUUUUUGGAUGGGUGCAUUCAAGAUUUUCUGGUCCUCUCUCAUUUGGAUGUUUAUAUGUAUCUUAAACAAUGGUCAAUAAUCGAAAUCGUAAAACACAAUUAAUAUCGCUUUAGUAUAUAUAUUUUGCAACAAAUAUAUGUACAAGUGACAUGCUUAAUUGGUUCUCAGGAAAUAAAAUUAGCAUAUGUGAUAUUGAAAGUCUGAAGUUUCAAUCAUCUAAAGCUUAAAAUUUGCAAUAACUAAGCAUUAACUAUCACAUCCACUGAAGUACAACUUACAGUUACACAAGGUCUGUUGUUAAUAGAAUUCCAAUUGAGGAGAUGUUUUUUAGCAACCUUCGUAUUGACUUUCUUCAAUUUAUACGAAGUAUUGUUAAAUAUACGAUUCCUAUAAUAGAAAUGAAAUAAAAUUGAUUUUAUACAAUAUAAAUUGAUUUUAUACAAUAUUUCCAUAUUUAUUAAUUACCAAUAUACUACUAUCCAUAUGCUAAACUUGAUAACCUUCCUUCUCCUACAAUUAUAAUCUACAUCAAAAUAACAUAUAAUUAUAUUAUCAAACAAUAUAAAAAUGUUUAAAUAAUCAAAAAUAAUAUUUAUUCAAACACAUGUACUUAAAAGCACGGGUAAAGUGCGGCCAUAUUCCAUAGUAUAGAUAAUAAAACAAAAACUACUAAACAGAAAGGUUGUAAAGUGGUUAAUUUGGGUUUGUGAUUGCCUAAUUGGGACUUGAGAACACGUGACUCACGUGGAGGCCAUAAACUGUAAAAUGGAAGUACCUACAAAUUAAAGGUUUAGAUUAAAAAAAAAAAAAAAAGCAACGGUGUAGAUUAAUUUGGUUCACCCAUAUAAAUAUUUCAACUGAAUUUCUAAACGGCAGUUAAUGAGUUCACCGGUACACGCACAUACACACAUAAGGGAAAGGAGAGAAAAGAAUUCGGAAGGGAUUCGUCUCUUCUCACCCAAUUUCCAGGCUAUAUUUCUACUUAGUUCUGUUCGAGUCAUUUUCCAGACGGAUUCAAAUUGUUCGAGUUUCUUGUCAAGGAUUCUUAGUGGCAACGCUUUCUCUACUUAGUUCAAUUCGAGUCAUCUUCCGCUGGGUUCAAAUUGUUCGAGUUUCUUGUCAAUGAUUCUUAGUCGCAGGGCUUUCUCUACUUAGUUCAGUUCGAGUCAUCUUCUGGCCAGUUUCAAAUCGUUGGAGUUUCUUGUCAAGGAUUCUUAGUGCUGGGUUCAAAUCUUGAAGUUUCUUGUCAAGGAUUCUUAGUGCAAGUCUUUCUCUGAGUUUGAGGGGCAUGCAGAAAUUUGAGUUUCGAUGUGCCAACGGUAGGCGGUAGCAACUAGAGGAUGGAACCAUGCCAACAACAAGAGCUUGAAGAGUGUUUGAGUUUUCCCUAUUCUUUACGCUUGUAAAAAAAUCUAGGAUAGCCAUUUAUUUGUACUUGUCAACUUUAUACCUUGCAGAGACAUCCAAUUAGGCAUUUCUACGUGAUUUCAGAGUUAUGGGUGACACUUGUUGUGCUAAUUUCAUUCCAUUGAAGA